GUAUAAUGUCGCUUACGCCACGACUAGGCCGGUAACCAUGGAGAUACCUAAACAACAGCCUGGACAAGCGCUAAAUGGCGUAAAUACAGCAGGCAUAGAAUGUCGGAAUGCGCAGCACAGUGCGAAGAAGCUUCUAAAACCUUCAUAGACAAACUCAUUGCACAGGAGGGGACGUUGUAUUUAGAGAAAAACAGUUUAUCAAGGGGCAAAGAUCCAUACCAGUUGCCUCGCUCAUCUUGGAGUGACGACACCUAAAUUCUGCCUUCAAUUUCCUUUUUUGACUUAUUGAAGUUUAUCUGCCUGAGCCUUUCCACCCUAAGGAGCUGAGAGGCUGCAAAGGUUUGGAGGCCUACAACCAGAUGGUGUGUGGAUGGCUGAGAGAGAGACCGUGCCAGCUCAUCCAUGACCUGUCUGUUGUGAAAGCCAAGGUACUUCCGCCUCAACAGGUUGGAGAUCAGGCUGUGGAAUCCUGGAUAAUAGCAGACUAGGCUCGGAGGAUUCUUGCAUCCCGCUGCUCUUUCUCAUUGAAGCAGCAGUCAAGUUGAGGGAUGUCAAGUAAUUGGCGGUUACCUGCUGCAAUGUCAAAGAAAACAGGAUAUGGACAUUACAAAAAAGACACCUCGGUGGGCCACACACACACACUCCACAGUCAAUCCACAGUGGACGGCAGCAAUGAUGUUCAGCCCAGAAAACUGAAUGGUUUUUCUGGAGAGGCGCCCACCUACCAGAACCUGCAUCGGGAACUGCUUCUCAGCCAUAAACGGGGCCUGCUGCUGGAGGAGAAGCCUGAGUUGAAGCGAGUGUUGGAGCAACGCCGGCUGGAGCUCCACAAGGAGGAGGAGAUGGCUCAACGGCAGCCCUCGGACCUGGAGACGGAGCUCCGCAAGAGGCAACAGAAGCUAAAAGAGUAUGAGCAGGAGGAGAUCAGGCAGAAAGAGAGUGAGCAGAAAAUACCAGAAUUUGUUCGCGUGAAGGACAACCUGAGACGCACACAGAUGUCAGAACAGUGAGUCCCCAAAAGUCACCCCGCUUCUCCAUGUGUGACCCUCAUUAUUACAUGUCAUUUUGUUUAUUGGUAUUUAUUGUGUGUCACACAUAACACAUACCAAGUUAAGUGUUUUUCACAGUUCUGUUUGUGUUGAUUGUGGAGUUCAGGGGAACGUAUCACAAAGUUUUUUUAAAUGUUUUUUUUACUGUCAUGAUAUUAUUUAUUCUUUCAGUCAUAUGCUUUCUGCUUUUGUUCUGUGGAAGGGCCGCACCUGUCCUUUGAGACAUUUCCAGGAUGUUUUGGGCCAGUACGUUUGAACAAAACAAUGUGCAUCCCUCAGUGUAACAAAUUGAAUUGUUUCUGUCCUGACUUUUGGUGUGUUUCGUGUCGCAGAGUGCAGUGGAAAUAAAGCUUACGGUUUGCAGAGACUCA